GGCAACGGGACCAUCAUCUCCAGUUAGCAAGCGUCUGAACUUUUAGCGUCAUUUACAUUUAUCUUUGCCAAUAAAACAUCGUUUUCCGGUCGGAACGUUUGGAAACAUCUUCAGGACCGAGCCGACAGAAGGAGUUCGUUGUUGAGCAACUCUUAUUGGAGGCAGCAUGGCGGCUCAGCGGCCUCCCUCCAGCAUCGGUCGCCCGCUGAGCCGCAGUGGAUCUGUGGCGCCCGGCGCCGGAAGACCCACGACGGCUGUCCGCCCGCCACCCACAGCCACCCGCCUGGCCACUGGGAUGGCUCCAGGUACAAGCGGCCAUCCUGGCAUGAGGGGCGGCGCCCCCCCCACCGGAGUGCUGUCGGCCCAGAUCAAAGUGACGGACCGGCCGGUGACCCAGCAGGGCCUCAGCGGCAUGAAGACGGGCAUGAAAGGACCUCAGAGACAGAUCCUGGAUAAGUCCUACUACCUGGGCCUUCUGAGGAGUAAAAUCAACGAGUUAACCACAGAGACCAGCAAACUGCACAAAGAGAUCGACAACUACAACCAGGAGAACUCCGUCUACCUCUCCUACGAGAAGAGAGCGGAGGGCGUGGCCACGGAGAUCAAGGACCUCCUGGGACAGCUCGCGGACUACAACAUGCUGGUGGACAAGCUCAACACCAACACGGAGAUGGAGGAGAUGAUCACCGACUACAGCCAGCUGAAGGCUCACAACGACAGCGAGGCCGAGAGCAUCGACAGCAUCUUCACCCAGAGGAGAGAGAGGGAGGAGGCCAUCAGGGCGAUGGAGGAGGAGAUCAGGAGGGAGCGCCACGUGGCCCAGGAGGUGGUCCAGGCCAUGCCGGCCGCCAAGCAGGAGGCGUACGUCACCAUGACGACGGCCAAUGAGGAGCUGCUGCAGGAGCUCACGGUUCUCCAGGAGGAGCUGGACGUCCUGAUGACCAGGAAGGAGGACUACGACGCUGAGCUGUCCCACUCGUACAUAAAGCAGGAGGUGGUCCGUCUCCAUGAGACGUGGUCGUUGCUGCAGGUGAAGCGUGACGCCAUGGAGGCGGAGCAUCAUAGCCUGGGCUCUCCUCAGGAGGAGAGGGAGCAGCUCUUCAGACAGGUGAAGGAGGACAACCAGGAGAUCGCCGGCAUGGAGCGGCAGCUCUCAGAGAUCAGGGACCGGUUGGGCCAGAUCACAGAGGAGGUCCAGCAGCUGCAGCAGGACUCAGAGGAAGCUCAGGGGGAGUGUCAGCAGAAAUACAAAGAGCUGAAGAGGAAAGAGGAGGAAAUCGACCGGUACCUGGAGUCCUUUGAGGAGUCCAGAGCGCAGGAGCAGGACAAGAUGAGCCAGAGUCAGGAGAACGUCGUCUCCCUCCUGGAGCACUGCAGCAGGAACAUGCUGCGGCUGCAGCAGGUGGACACGGUGACGGCCAGCGAGCUGAGGAGCAUGCAGGAGGUGCUGGUCAGCAAGGAGACCGAGGUCGUCCAAUCAGAGAGCACCGCCAGAGGACUGACCACUGAGUCCCAGCGCCUGCAGCAGGACCUGGAGAAGGUGCAGCAGCUGGAGGGGAAGAUCUCUGGAGAGCUCCUCCUGCUGCAGGAGCGCGUCGCCUCCAUGGAGGAGGAGCUGCUCACCUACCGGGACCUGGAGGCCCUGAGGAGCACGGCGGAGGACAAGAAGAGGAAGCUGCAGGAGGACCGCGUGUCUCUGACUCAGAGGCGUGGUUCCUUCAGGGAGCUGCUGGAGGAGAAGAGCCGGAGAUAUGAAGCUCUGAGGAGCUCGCUGCAGGAGAACGAGACGCACGCGCAGCUCGCCAACCUGGAGAGGAAAUGGCAACACCUGGAGCAGAACAACUUCGUCAUGAAGGAGUUCAUCGCCUCCAAGUCUCAGGAGAGCGACUUCAACCCGGUGGCCGCCAACGUGAGCCGCCAGGUGGCCGAGUACAACCAGACGCUCAUCGCCCUGCUGCACAACAAGUAAACAACAACAAGUAAACAACAGACGCUCAUCGCCCUGCUGCACAACAAGUAAACAACAACAAGUAAACAACCAGACGCUCAUCGCCCUGCUGCACAACAAGUAAACAACCAGACGCUCAUCGCCCUGCUGCACAAAUAAACAACAACAAGUAAACAACAGAUGUUCAUCGCCCUGCUGCACAAGUAAACAACAGACGCUCAUCGCCCUGCUGCACAACAAGUAAACAACAGACGCUCAUCGCCCUGCUGCACAAGUAAACAGACGCUCAUCGCCCUGCUGCACAAGUAAACAAGUAAACAGACGCUCAUCGCCCUGCUGCACAACAAGUAAACAAGUAAACAGACGCUCAUCGCCCUGCUGCACAAGUAAACAACAAGUAAACAACCAGACGCUCAUCGCUCUGCUGCACAACAAGUAAACAACCAGACGCUCAUCGCCCUGCUGCACAAGUAAACAACAAGUAAACAACCAGACGCUCAUCGCUCUGCUGCACAACAAGUAAACAACCAGACGCUCAUCGCCCUGCUGCACAACAAGUAAACAACCAGACGCUCAUCGCCCUGCUGCACAACAAGUAAACAACCAGACGCUCAUCGCUCUGCUGCACAAGUAAACAACAAGUAAACAACCAGACGCUCAUCGCCCUGCUGCACAAGUAAACAACAAGUAAACAACCAGACGCUCAUCGCCCUGCUGCACAACAAGUAAACAACA